CGUGUCCUUCCCGGAAGUGCGUCACUCGAAUUCUUUGCCGUCCGUCUUGCGGCGAGUGUGACAGAUCCUGAGGGGAGCUCUGUGCAUGUGUGCGGGGUGAAGGCUCGGAUCAUCCAGCGCCAGUCCGCUUCAGCUCAGACACAGGCUUCCCCGGAGAGAAGCUGGCCCGGCCGAUUCCCCCCAUCAUGCCCGCCCUGCUGGAGAGGCCCAAGCUUUCAAAUGCCAUGGCACGCGCUCUACACAAACACAUCAUGAGGGAGCGAGAGAGGAAAAGACAGGAGGAGGAGGAGGUGGAUAAAAUGAUGGAGCAGAAGAUGAAGGAGGAGGAGGAGAGGAAGAGGAAGAAGGAGAUGGAAGAGAGGAUGUCCCUAGAGGAAACCAAAGAGCAGAUUAUGAAGAUGGGGGAGAAGCUCCAGGGUCUGCAGGAGGAGAAACACCAGCUGUUUUUGCAAUUAAAAAAAGUUUUGCAUGAGGAGGAGAAGCGCCGGAGGAAGGAGCAGAGUGACAUGACAACAUUGGCUCCACCUACAUAUCAGCCCAACAUGGCCGUCCACUCGGGGCAACACUUGCUCAGCAUGCAGCCAGGGUCAGUCUCUCAUGCCCGCUCUGCAGUUUUGUUAGGAGAGCGCAGCAAGCAGCUUUUCCAGCCUCCUGUUAUUUCUGCUCGUCCGUUCCCGUCUCAGGCCGGAUUCGGUGCGGUUGUUUCUGAGCAUGCUCAGUUCGGAGUUCAGGCAGGUCACGGGUCGUUCGGGGUCACUCAGCCCCAACAUGCCACCGCCUUUAACCCCGGCCAAUCAGCACCUGCCACGUACAGCAGCCCCGCCCACAUCAGAGGUGCAUCAGCAUUCCAGGCCAUGCAGUUUUUGCCUCAUCAGCAACCGGGCUACACCGUGCACACACACUUCACCUCCCAGCCAGGUUUUCUCCCCAGUGCAGGGAUCCCUCUACAGAAGCAGUUAGAACACGCCAACCAGCAGUCGGGCUUCACUGACUCUAGUGCGUUGAGGCCCAUGCACCCUCAGGCUCUCCACCCCAGUGCUGCAGGUUUGCUGCCCACUCCCUCCAUUGCUGUGCAGAUCCCUCACACCAAGCAGGCUGGGUUGCCCUACGCCCCCCCGCCCAGACCAGCAUCACCCGGAUCCUUUACACAGCAUGCGGCUUCGUUUCAGAGCUCGUCUCAGCCGCCGCCACGCCACGCCUACCUCUCUCACAGCCAAUCAGCACAGAGGUUCUAUCACCACGGCAAAUAAUCAGCCAGUCCAGCGGGCAAUCCCACCACACACACACACACACACACAGUAAUGUUUUUAAUACCAUAAAUUUAAUUUUAUCAUCGGCUUAGUGACUGACUCAGAUGGAUGAGGGGUGAGACGGUGCGAGCGGGGGGGGGGUGGU